AUGCAUGAGAUUGUGACGCUACAGUUUGGCCAGCAGGCCAACUACAUUGGAACUCAUUACUGGAACAUUCAGGAAUCUUACUUCACAUAUGGCACAGAAGAGGAAUCUCCCGUCGAUCAUGAUGUCUCAUUCCGACCCGGCAUUGGCGCUGACGGGGCGGAAACAUACACUCCGAGAACACUGAUAUACGACCUCAAAGGUGCAUUCGGCACUCUGCGACGCGAAAAUGCAUUGUAUGAACUUCAACAACAGGAAAACCCUGCUCAGCAAAAUCAAUGGAGUGGGAGCACGAUCCCAUUGGAAUUACCUCGAAUUGCUCCCAGUUCAUAUCAGCAAGCUCUGGACGAAGGCACGACUCCACCCGUGCUGACCACAGAUACCGUCCGAUUCUGGUCAGACUACAAUCAUGUGUACUACCAUCCGCGCAGUAUUGUGCAAAUGAACGAGUACGAGCUCGGAAGUGAUCUCAUGCCUUUUGAGCAGUGGCAAAAGGGCGAAGAGCUCUUCAUGAACCUUGAUCGGGAGUAUGAUCUUCUCGACCGAGAUGUGAGACCAUUUCUGGAGGAAUGUGAUCAACUUCAGGGCAUUCAAAUCUUCUCCGGCAUAGAUGACGCGUGGGGAGGGUUCACUGCAAAGUACCUGGAGCGGCUGGCGGACGAGCUCGGCAAGGGCAGUCGCUGGGUAUUUGGUCUUCAGGAGACGCAGCGUGUUGCCCGGGAUCGCCAGGCACUGCAAAUCGCAAACGUUGCCCAGUCCCUGCACGCGAUCGACUCUUCUGCCAGUAUGCAUAUUCCACUGGGCAGUGUACCGUCGAAGCUCCCGGAGUACCUCGCAAUGGAUGGCUCAAGCCGCUGGUUCACAUCAGCCCUUCAAGCGGCUGGCAUUGAAUCGCUCACGUUACCAGCUCGUCUCCGCAGUUCUCAAAGCGCCCGAGCAACGUUCGAUGACCAAGAAACCACGCUGAACGGUGAUGGCAAACGCCGUAUAGCUGCAAGUUCGAUCUCGGUCAAGGAUCCAGCACAGUUGGCAGCACCCACCACGAACGGACAAAACGACGCUCGAAUGACCAAUGGCCAGCACCAUGACGAGGAUUUCGAAGAAAAGGAGGUGAAAUUGGACCUCGAGUUAUUCCCUACACUAUCUCUGAACGUCUCAUCUGCCAGAAGGGGGAAUGUGCGACGUGGUAAUACCUUCAGCAGGUUGGAGACUCUCCGCGGUACAUGGCGAGCCGCAAACGACGUGCAAAACUCCAACGAGCAAGCACGGAAUCGAUUCGCAAGUUCAAACGGUCCGCGAACAUCUGCGCAUCAAACUGGACUCCUGUUUCCCCUGCUUUCUUCAUAUCCGACCUUGUUCAACUUCGCGGAUCGGCCUCAAAAGCUCGCAGUGCAAGCUUCGCUAUCUACAUCGACCGCAAUUGCUGAUCAAAUCAGAAGCGUGGAAGGAGUUGCAAGACGAAUGGUUAGCAUUGACGAGCGCGAGGCGUUAUGCGAUGGUCUAGCCGCAAUGGCAGACGAGUACGAGGAGGGUUACUCGAGCGAUGAUGAUAGUGAUGAGGACUGA